AAAAGAAGAGGAAGAAGAAGGAGGAGGAGGGGGCCGAGAAGAGCAGUGCACCCUUUGCGGCCACCAUGGGAGAAGACGACGCCGCGCUCCGGGCAAGCGGCAGGGGGCUCUCGGACCCGUGGGCUGACUCGGUGGGAGUGAGACCCCGCACCACGGAGCGCCACAUCGCAGUGCACAAGAGGCUUGUGCUAGCCUUUGCCGUGUCCAUCGUGGCACUGCUGGCUGUCACCAUGCUGGCCGUACUGCUCAGCCUGCGAUUCGACGAGUGCGGAGCGAGCGCAGCGAUGCCUGGCACCGACGGUGGCCUCGGGGGCUUCCCCGAGCGCAGCGGCAACAGCAGCUACCCAGGUUCUGCCCGGCGCAACCACCACGCUGGUGGGGAAUCCUCGCAGCGAGAGACGGGCGAGGUGGGCACCCCGGGGACCCCGUCUGCCCAGCCGCCGUCGGAGGAAGAGCAGGAGCAGUGGCAGCCCUGGACCCAGCUGCGCCUAUCUGGCCACCUCAAGCCGCUACACUACAAUUUGAUGCUCACCGCCUUCAUGGAGAACUUCACCUUCUCUGGGGAGGUCAACGUGGAGAUCGCGUGCCGGAACGCCACCCGCUACGUGGUACUGCACGCCUCCCGGGUGGCGGUGGAGAAGGUGCAAGUAGCGGAAGACCGAGCGUUCGGGGCUGUCCCGGUAGCAGGCUUUUUCCUCUACCCACAAACGCAGGUCUUAGUGGUGGUGCUGAAUAGAACCCUGGACGCGCAGAGACAUUACAAUCUGAAGAUUAUCUACAAUGCCCUGAUAGAGAACGAGCUUUUGGGCUUCUUCCGCAGCUCCUACGUGAUCCACGGGGAGAGAAGAUUCCUUGGUGUUACCCAGUUUUCACCUACACAUGCCAGGAAGGCAUUUCCGUGUUUUGAUGAACCAAUCUACAAAGCCACUUUCAAAAUCAGCAUCAAACACCAAGCAACCUAUUUGUCUCUAUCCAACAUGCCAGUGGAGACAUCUGUGUUUGAGGAAGACGGAUGGGUAACAGACCACUUUUCCCAGACCCCCCUCAUGUCCACAUAUUAUUUAGCCUGGGCGAUUUGCAACUUCACAUACAGAGAAACUACCACCAAGAGUGGGGUUGUAGUCCGAUUAUAUGCAAGACCCGACGCUAUCAGAAGAGGAUCCGGGGACUAUGCUCUCCACAUUACAAAGAGAUUAAUAGAAUUUUAUGAAGACUACUUUAAAGUGCCCUAUUCUUUGCCAAAACUAGAUCUUUUAGCUGUGCCUAAGCAUCCUUAUGCUGCUAUGGAGAACUGGGGACUGAGUAUUUUUGUGGAACAAAGAAUACUGCUGGAUCCCAGUGUGUCAUCUAUUUCUUAUUUGCUGGAUGUCACCAUGGUCAUUGUUCAUGAAAUAUGUCACCAGUGGUUUGGUGACCUUGUGACUCCAGUGUGGUGGGAAGAUGUGUGGUUGAAGGAAGGCUUUGCUCACUACUUUGAAUUUGUGGGUACAGACUACCUCUACCCUGCCUGGAACAUGGAAAAGCAGAGGUUUCUGACAGAUGUUCUGCAUGAGGUGAUGCUGCUUGACGGGUUGGCCAGUUCCCAUCCAGUAUCACAGGAAGUGCUACGGGCAACAGAUAUUGACAAAGUGUUUGACUGGAUCGCAUACAAAAAGGGUGCUGCUUUAAUUAGAAUGCUGGCUAAUUUUAUGGGCCAUUCAGUUUUCCAGAGGGGCUUGCAAGAUUAUUUAACCAUUCACAAGUAUGGCAAUGCAGCCAGAAAUGAUCUUUGGAAUACAUUAUCAGAGGCUUUAAAAAGGAAUGGAAAAUACGUGAACAUACAAGAAGUAAUGGAUCAGUGGACACUCCAGAUGGGGUAUCCUGUUAUCACCAUCCUGGGGAACAUGACAGCAGAAAAUAGAAUACUUAUCACCCAACAGCAUUUCAUUUAUGACGUCGGUGCCAAAACCAAAGCACUUCAACUUCAAAAUAGCAGUUACCUCUGGCAGAUUCCAUUAACCAUUGUGGUAGGAAAUAGAAGCCAUGUGUCUUCAGAAGCAAUUAUUUGGGUGUCUAACAAAUCAGAACAUCACAGAAUAACGUACUUAGACAAAGGAAGCUGGAUCCUUGGGAACAUCAAUCAAACUGGCUACUUUAGAGUCAACUAUGACCUAAGGAACUGGAGAUUACUGAUCGAUCAGUUAAUCAGGAACCAUGAGGUACUUUCUGUCAGUAACCGUGCAGCCUUGAUUGAUGAUGCCUUCAGCCUGGCCAGGGCAGGCUAUUUGCCUCAGAAUAUUCCCCUAGAGAUCAUCAGAUACCUGUCUGAGGAAAAGGAUUUUCUUCCUUGGCACGCUGCCAGCCGAGCUCUUUAUCCUCUGGAUAAAUUACUGGACCGCAUGGAGAACUACAAUAUCUUCAAUGAAUAUAUUCUAAAACAAGUUGCAGCGACGUACAUCAAACUUGGAUGGCCCAAAAAUAACUUCAAUGGAUCUCUCGUUCAAGCUUCCUACCAACAUGAAGAGCUACGGAGGGAAGUGAUAAUGUUGGCAUGUAGCUUUGGGAACAAGCACUGUCACCAGCAGGCGUCAACACUUAUUUCAGACUGGAUUUCCAGCAACAGAAACAGAAUACCACUAAAUGUUAGAGACAUCGUCUACUGCACAGGAGUCUCACUGCUGGACGAGGAUGUCUGGGAGUUCAUCUGGAUGAAAUUCCACUCCACCACAGCAGUUUCCGAGAAAAAGAUAUUGCUCGAGGCUCUAACUUGCAGCGAUGACAGGAAUUUAUUAAGUAGGCUUCUAAAUCUGUCUCUGAAUUCUGAGGUAGUGUUGGAUCAAGAUGCAAUUGACGUAAUAAUCCACGUAGCCAGAAAUCCACAUGGCCGAGACCUUGCCUGGAAGUUUUUCAGAGACAAAUGGAAAAUACUAAAUACCAGGUAUGGAGAAGCAUUAUUUAUGAAUUCCAAACUUAUCAGUGGAGUUACAGAAUUUCUUAAUACAGAAGGUGAACUUAAAGAGCUGAAGAACUUCAUGAAGUCCUAUGAUGGAGUGGCGUCUGCUUCUUUCUCACGAGCCGUGGAAACCGUGGAAGCCAAUGUGCGCUGGAAAAGGCUUUACCAAGAUGAGCUUUUCCACUGGCUGGGAAAAGCCAUGAGGCACUAGUACCUGUCACAGAGCAUUCGCCCUAGAACUUUGUCAGAGGAUCUUCUUUCUGCGGAAUGAGGAGGCUAGCCAGAAUGUCAGUGUUCUCACGAGGGAGGAUUUUCUUUUUGAUUUGGUUUUGUAUUUGUUGGGGGCAAAUUUUUCUCGUUUCAUUUAUUCUAUAUUUGUGUUUCUACUGGAUAUUCCUCUGGAAAGGAACUCUUGCAAGGGACGCUUGCCCUGGUUACUCCAGCUGUACAUCCCCUCUGUUCAGGACCACGUAUGAUAGUGGUGCAUGUCGAUGUUGCUGUCUGUUUGGGAAAUCCUAUUCAGAAUAUUCUGUGCAUGGGUCUAUGGUCCUGCCUGUGUUCUGGCAUGCUUACUUAACAUGUCCAAUGUUGUAUGUGAACAUUAUCUAUGUAUAUCCAGAGUGGGCAUUAUGCGGAAGCACAAAGAUUACCUAUGACAAUCAGUGUUACAAUGAAAAAAAAAAACUUCAGAAGGAUAUUCUAAGUCAGCCAUGGACAACAGGAGAGAUACAACAACUCUCUAAGCAAUCUGUGUGGAUUGUCUCAGCACUUCGAUUGUCUGGCAAUGAUUACUGUGUUGCUAACUCAUUUUCUUUGAGUUGAAGCUGUGUAUACACUUGCAAAGAUGUAUAGAUAGUAUGUACAUAUGCUUUAUGUACAUAAGGAAGCUCCAUAUGUAUAUAGUAUGUUGUACAUGCACCUGUUUGAAGAAUCUCUUCAGAUCAAAGGAAAUUUAACACUUUUUUAUAAAUGUGUGGACACUUGGAAAAGGCUUCAAGAACUUUAUCUCAACAUUCCUACUUUAUACCUUGCUUUCUUAAGUGCUUUCUUUUUGUCUAUGUCCUGAAGAAAGAUCUAUUCAACUACAUGAAGCUGAAUUCUAACAAAAUACACAUGCAAACUAACCACUCUGCAAUUUCUCUUAAGUCAGUGGCAUCCUUUUGCUGUUUUCUGUAACUGUGUUAGUCGACAUUUUUACUGCCUAAAACAAUUUUCUGUAAACUUAGAAUGAUCACUGCUAAGAAAGUGUUUCUGUAUAGCUUCUCUGUCUUUCUUAGUUUUGCUACUGCAGAGUUAAAUUCUCUCUGUGUGUUGAUCUUUAUGUGUACAGUGCUCCUAUCCUUCAUUAAGCAACCAUACCUCAACAGGUCUAUUAGCGUUAAUGACCUUUAAUGCCAGUUGUGCCCUCCCUUAAGACACAAAGUUGCUUUUAUGCUGUGUUGCUAUACAAAGCCUUUGGGAAUUAACAACCCUGUUCUACCUAGGAAUUUUGAAUAGCCAUAUCUAUGGCUGUCUGAAACACAACUAGAUUUCAGUGAUUCUCAAUAGGCCAGUAGGCCGGCUCCCUGCUUCAGAGUCAACAUAUAUUAAGUUUAACAUUGUAAAAUCCUUAUACAACUAUUCUAUUGAGUCGAGUAUUGUGUAACCCUUUUUAGUUUUCCUGUGAUGUACAGCUCUUCCAAAUGUUGCAGUUCAGAGACUGUCACUCAAUGUUGGAAGAAAAAAAUAUUUAUAAAAUAGAGAUCAUAGAAUUAUUUUUGUUCGUAGACAUACAAAACAAUUUCCCAAUCCAUAGAUUACGGUAAAAACUAAAUUUGAACCUUAAUCAUGUAAGCAAUUGAUGUUUUUAUUUCUUAUAGCUACAAUUUUCAACACGUCAUUCAAUUAAAACACAUGAAUUUUAAGUACGGUGUGGUCGGAAUGUGUCAUGGUCAUGCUUAAUGUGAAAAUCUGAGGUCUAAGUCGUUUACUGAAAGUGAGCGAGUUUUAAAAUAUAACCCUCAUAACUAGCAUACAGCCAUGAAGACCCUAAGUAUCUAUUAUAGCACUGGUGAAUUCAUUCAUAGAGCAGAACUGCCCAAGGUGGUAGACAUGGGUGUCUUGUUUUGUUCCCUGAAGUCCUGCAAAUCUUUUGAGUUGGGGGUGGUACUUUUCACUUCCAACUUUGAGUUUGAGGGGCUGUCUUAGUUCUCUUUCCUCCCCAUUGUUAGAAGUCGCAUUCUCUUUCAGUGUUUUAGUGGCCUUGAACACAACUGGUUUAGCUAUAAUCUAAAUCCUCAGUGUAUAAUUAUGUGCAAUGUUUAUACCUCAUACAAAACCUCGUUCAACAGUCUAGUGGUACCAACGGCGUUGAGAUGGCAGUUUUGUGCUACACAUUUUUCAGUUAUUGAACCUUUCCAAUGUUUAGAUUAUACCGGGCUUUAAAGUUUCUUUUUAGUUGUUUAAAUACGUAAUAUUUUCGAUAUAAUACAAAACAAUGAUAUCUCUUGGAAUAUUCUGUAAAAUGUAGCUAUAAAAUUAUAUUUUCUACUUAGAGUUUUUACCUUUCUCUCUUGUGUGUUUUACAAACAAAUUAUCUACGUGAAAUAACAAUGUUUUGAAAGUGUCCAUGGUCUAGUCUCAAAAGUUCCUUUGUUAUUAUAUGGAUUACAACAAAAUUUUGUUUUAAUUAGAAAAUACUAGAUUAUUUUUUUACUUUGGGUAUUAUUAUCUUCAUGUAACUUGUAAAUAUAAUGUUUUCCCCAAUUUU